UGUUUACGAUUGGUGAAUGAGGUCCAUUGUCUUUGUUUGAUCUUAAGUAACGGACUCGUUUAGACGAAAUAGCCAAACAUUUAGAUUUAGUUAUCGCACAAAGUUGGCCUACUGUGCUGUCUUGUUAGCACGCACUUCUUAAAGAUGCAUUGUUUUGAUCUUUAAAUUAUUUUAACAUUAGGGAAGAUAACCUUUUUUUUUUAUUGUGCGUGUGUUGGUGCUUAUUUUAAAAUAUAUUUCUUGCGCGAAUACAUCCAUGGAAAAACGAGGUUUGAAAAAAUUAGUUGCAGUUCUAGUUGUUGUCUCUGUUGUACUGAUUGUGGCGGUUGCUGCUGUGGUAUGGAAAUUAACGAAAGAUGCUUACGAGGUGUCGGAACCAGAAACACAAAGAAUCGAUCCCUCAAGGGCUACAUCGACACCAGCCACGCAGCUCUCGACUAAACGUGUCUACACACAGGAGGAACUGAAAUCUCAGCCCUGGUUGUCGUUGAGGUUGUCACCUCAGGUUGUCCCUGUCCACUAUAACAUCACACUGUUUCCGGACUUCUACGGAGACCACGACAGUUUCAGUGGGAAUGAGACUAUAGAGGUCAACAUCACGACCCCAACACGUCACAUUAUCUUUCACAUGGCCAGCAACUACAUGAAUGUGACACGUGCGCGAGUUCUGACCAGCGUGACAGGAGAGGACCUCGCCAUCCAUAGGAGCUUCUCCUAUCCACCCAAUGAGUUUUACGUCAUUGAGACGAAACUGGCAGUCAGCCAACCGGUGGUGGUCAAGCUUGAGUUUGAAGGCAGUCUGACCAAAGCAAUCGUUGGACUUUACAAAAGUACUUACAUCAACAGUUUUACCAAUCAGACUAUGUCCAUGGUGUCCACCAAGUUUGAGCCAACAUACGCACGUUAUGCUUUCCCUUGUUUUGACGAGCCAGUAAUGAAGGCAAUGUUUACUAUCACAAUGAUCCAUAGACCAGAGUACACAGCCUUGUCCAACAUGCCAGUACAACGCCAGGAGCAGUCUUUCCAUGGUCUGGUGUCCACUACAUUUGAGACGUCAGUAAAGAUGAGCACAUAUCUGGUAUGUGUUGUUGUGUCUGAAUAUAACUACACUGAGACAAGAGUCCAGGGAAAUAUGACGUUACGGGUGUAUGCUGCUCCAGAUAAAAUCCCCCAGACAACGUAUGCUCUUGAAGUGGCGAACACGACUCUCAGCUACUAUCAGGACAUUUUCCAAUUCAAGUUUCCAUUACCUAAGCAAGAUCUUAUUGCCAUCCCAAACUUUGUAGCUGGGGCCACAGAACACUGGGGACUCAUUACGUUUCGAGAAAGUGCUGUUCUGUUCAAUCCAGAACAAGCUUCUUUACUGAGUCAGCAGACAGUGGCGAUAACCAUAACACACGAAUUAGCCCACCAGUGGUUUGGUAACCUAGCAACCAUGGAGUGGUGGAAUGAUCUUUGGCUGAAUGAAGGUUUCGCUACAUUUUUACAAUAUGUUGGCCUUGAACACAUCAACGCAGAUUGGGACUUGGAGACAAUGUUUCUAGAGAGAGAAACGUUUCCAGUGAUGAGACGAGACAGCGAGCUAGCAUCACACCCAAUCAUCACAUCAGUGGAGAGUCCCAGUGAAGUCACGUCUGUCUUUGAUCUCAUUUCCUACGACAAGGGAUCUUCGAUUAUACGCAUGCUUUAUUCUGUGAUGGGACAUUCCACCUUUUUCAAGGGUAUUACAGCCUAUCUAAAUCGUUAUCAAUAUGGCAAUGCUAAAACAGACGAUCUUUGGAACAUAAUGUCAGAGAACAGUGAGAACUUGGAUGUGAAAUAUUUUAUGGACACCUGGACAGUCCAACAAGGUUUCCCUUACAUCAAUAUCUCAUUGACUCCCAACGCAAACGGGACAACAACAGUCACGGCCAGACAAGAAAGAUUUCUAUCUAAUCCGGAAGAUAAGGUUAACCCCACUGAGUCUCCCUUCGGGUACAAAUGGUUCAUACACUUGGAUUACAUAACUUCAACAGGCCAGAAGGGUCAAGAGAUAAUGAAUUUAACUGACAUUACCUUUGUAGUCAACAUUUCACUUAACGAUCCAAGACACUGGAUUAAAUUCAACACUGACACCAGUGGAUUCUAUUCUGUCCUGUAUCCAGUGGAGAUGUGGAUACGCUUGACUUCUUAUUUGAGGAACACUGUGCCCAAGGAGUGGACGCUGUCUGCAUCGGAUCGUUCUGGACUUGUGAAUGAUGCCUUCAUCAUGGCGGCCUCUGGCAAGGUCGGAUAUGACGUCACCCUGUCACUGUUUAGUUAUAUGAAAUCAGAAGCUCACGAUAUCCCGUGGAUGGUUUUAAUGAUGUCCGGGUUUAAUUAUAUCAACAGUAUGUUGGACACGUUUCAAGAGUAUCAGCUGUGGAAGGCCUAUGUGUUUAGAACCCUUUCUCCAGUUAUACGUGACAUUGGCUACACAGAGAACAAGACCGAACCUCAGACAUUAAGAAAUCGCCGUGUUAUUCUGGUCAAUAUUCUGAGUGGAUUGGGGCACCAAGAGACGUUAGCUUACGUCAAGGCAGUGUUCCGAGCAUGGUUGGACAAUGGCACAAGCGUGCCUGUAGACUUUAGGCAAGUGAUUUAUCAAUAUGGAAUGAGGUAUGGGGGCUCUGACGAUGACUGGGAUAAGAUCUGGAACAAAUACCUGACUGAGACUUCACCUCAAGAAAGAGAUUUGCUUUUAAAAAGUCUGACACAUGUUAGAAAGCCAUAUUUUAUAGACAAAAUUCUCGACUUGGCAUUACAAGAAAAAUACAUCAAAAGGCAAGAUUUCUUUGGAGUCAUCCAAAAUUUGGCAAUCAACAGCGCAGCCACAUCUCUGUUGUGGAAAUGGGUUCAAGAACAUUAUCAGUUUCUUAGAGACAGAUUUACUCUGGUAGAUCGUGACUUUGGUCAAAUGGUGUACUUUGUGGUCAGGAACUACAACACAGACUUUCAACUAAGCGAGGUUCAAAGAUUUUUCACUCUGUACCCCGAGGCAGGUUCCGGAGAGCGUUCUAGAAAACUGGCAAUAGAAAAUAUAAACCGAAAUAUUUAUUGGAUGAAACAUUUCCGUCCAGAUAUAGUUCACUGGCUGGAAAAUGAGAUCAGUAAAAGUUAAAUAUGAGGCACAUUUAGAUGUGUAUUGAUCAACAUGUUCUAAGUUCAACUACUUCAGAUAUGAUAUUUUAAAAAAGUAAUAUUUUCUUGUUGUAUUAGAUGUGAAAUAAAAGAAAUCACGCCAACA